ACUCAAGAUGGCGGCAACGGAGCGGCCGUCACGUGACGCAGGCACCGUUUCCCGGAUGUUGGUCUGUUGGCGGCGGUUGUCGGGAGAGCGGUUGAUGGGUCGUCUGGGACGGGAGUAUCGCGGGACAUGGACUGGAAGCAGGCGCUGAAGAGCCGCUUGGCCGCCAGCAGCGACCGUGAGUGCGCGCGCAGGGGUUUAUAGCGGUGAGGCGGGAGGAGGAGGAGGACAAGGACAACUGUCAGCGCCUUCCUUCUUCCCUCACGGACGGGGGGCGGAAUGGCCAACUGACCGUUGGAGGCCGGUUGCUGGCCUUUGGCGCUUCCGCCACCAGGCCCCCGUCCCUUCCGCGCAGCCCUUUCAGGGAAGUCUCUUAGGAGUUUCCAGUCCCCACCCUGAAAGGAUUCCGUGCCUCUCGUUAGCGGUGCCCCUGAGUGAACAGAAAUAGCUACGUUCUCUGCCUUUGGCGGCUUUUCUGACUCUCUUAUUUCACCUUAUUGCUCUCCUUAUAAUUCAUUUCCCCUGCCGUACCUCUGUCGUAACCCUCAUUCAAGGAGGUCAGGCCACCUUCCAUGGGUUUCUCUCAUUCUUCACAACAAGCCUCUUCUUGAGGUGUGAAGUUAAGAUAGGUAAUGACUUUUUCCCGUUUCACCGGCAGAGCUUCACAAGUGAUUUGAAAUCAGGUGUCUCUUGUCCAAGUCCAGCACAAUGCCAGUUACACCACAUUGGACCCCAUCUGUAUUAACUAACUUUACCUGCCAAUAGAAGACAGCAUCUGGCUUCAUAGUCAUUCUAGACCAGGGUUUUUUUUUGGGGGGACUACAAUUCCCAUCAUCCCUGACCACUGCUUCUGCUAGCUAAGGAUGGUGGGAGUUGUAGUCCAAGAACAGCUGGCUACAUGGGCAUAGCCAAGAAUACUUACCGUAACUAACUGACCAAUUGUGUCAGUUUUGCCCCUCCCCCCCAAAAAAUCCUGGUUAUGCGCUUGGCUGGAUACCCAAGUUUAGGAAACACUGUUGUAGACCAAGCAGUUUUUUGUUUCUAUUAGUAUGCUACACUGUCAUUGGGUUUGUGUUUACAAUCCAUAAUUCAAGUUAAAAUUCCUGUUCAGUCCACAGGCAUGUGUGGAGGAAACAAGCCUACUCUUAGCAUGAUGACUUUUAAUGCAUAGAAUAAAUUUUCACAGUUACUAUUAGGCCAUAAUGAUUUUCUGUUGCAGUUCAUAUUUUUUUGCUUUAAUGUCCUCUUGUUUUGGACCCAGUAUUACAUAUUGAGAAUUAAGAUUGUGACAGGACGUCAUUGAUGGGAGCUUGACUCCGUUUUCAAAUCCAACAUGGUUCUAGAGUGGCUCUUAGAUAGCUGCUACUGUAUUAUGUCGAAACAAAAUAAAAAAAAUCCUUCCAGUAGCACCUUAGAGACCAACUAAGUUUGUUAUUGGUUUAAGUUUGCAUGAUGUUAUUGGUAUAAGUUUGCAUGAUGCACACGAAAACUUAUACCAAUAACAAACUUAGUUGGUCUCUAAGGUGCUACUGGAAGGAAUUUUUUUAUUUUGUUUCAACUACGGCAGACCAACACGGCUACCUACCUGUAACUGUAUUAUGUGACAUUGAUAAAUAACUGCACUUACCUAUAACACCCAUACCAUACAGUCAUCACUUUCCCUCCAAUGAUGAGAAAUUAUAAUGUGACAUUAUAGGCCAGAAGUGGCAAGCCUUCAGGCCACAUCUGACAUACAAAGCUUUCUGUGGUCCACCAGCCCUCUGCCAAAAUCAGGCAACAAAAAUGUGUGCCUUUUCCUCCUGUCUACUGCUUUCCUUUCAAAGGCAUCUCUUCUCGUUCUGAUGUGGUACCAUUGCUAAAAUGUCUUAACACUGAGGAAACAAGAUGGGGAGGAAUCCCCAGCCUUGCUCCUCUGUUGAUCGGCUGAAGGGUGGGGUGUAUGUCUGAAUGUGUUUGCCCACCUGAAGGGUGGGGUGUAUGUCUGAAUGUGUUUGCCCACCUCUCUGAGGAUGUGGUCUCUAUGUGCAGUGAGUGUGUGCAUACACACAUUGUCUGAGGCAGUAUGCCUCAGUGGGAGAGUACUAUUGCCUCUUGUUCUGCUCGCAGGCUUCCUAUAGACUUCUGAUUGGCCACUGUGAGAAGAGGAUGAGCUAGGUAUUUUGACAGAUCCAGCAUGACUAUUCUUGCAUUCUUAGUGAGUGUGCAUUUUGCAAUGCCCAUCACUGUCACAUAGCUCUCAGAAGGUCAGUCAACCCUUUGGGCAGCCCUCUGGCCAAAUAAGGUUCUAAACCACAGAGCCUAGGGCUUGCCGAUCGGAAGGUCAGCAGUUCGAAUCCCUGCGACAGGGUGAGCUCCCAUUGUUUGGUCCCAGAUCCUGCCCACCUAGCAGUUCAAAAGCACGUCAAGUGCAAGUAGAUAAAUAGGGAAGGUAAACAGCGUUUCCAUGCGCUGCUCUGGUUUGCCAGAAGCGGCUUAGUCAUGCUGGCCACAUGACCCGGAAGCUGUCUGUAGACAAACACCGGCUCCCUUGGCCUAGAGAGCGAGAUGAGCACGCAACCCCAGAGUCAUCUGCAACUGGACCUAAAGGUCAGGGGUACCUUUAUCUUUACCCCUGUUACAAGCAUUUGUAUUGUCUUUACCAAAAGUAGUUGCUUACGCCAUUACAUUGUCUUGGGCCCUAUGUUUAGACUAGCUCACCAGGCUGUGUGAGAUAUACAGUACUCUUUGAAUCAGAACGGAAAGCCUUUCAGAGGAUUAUUUGGGUGAAGCAGAUUAAUAACUUUUUUGAGAACUUUAGAAUUCCAUGUCCCCAGGGAAAGUACUUUCCUAGCCCAUCUCAAUUUGGUAGAUCCAGUGAAUGGUACCCACAGCUGAUAUUUCCUUCCAUGUAAUGGCUUUGAUUACAUGACCAUUAGGGAUUGUCACACUUGAGUGCUUUCCUAUUCUAUAUUUACUUAUUUGUUAGAUGAUUUAUUGUAUCAUAUAUUGUAAAAAAAUAAUAAUGAACUGAUCUACAACAAAAUAUAUUUUUGCUGUUUCCUAAAAUGGAUGGUAGAAUCAUAAAAUUUAGAGUUGACAGAAUGGGUCAUGUAGGCCAAUCCCCUGCAAUGCAUGGUACAGGAGGCUAGGGUUUUCCUUUUAUUUAUGAAAAGUUUUGCCCUGCCUUUGAGGCCACCAAGGCAGAUCCCCAAUUAAAACACAAAUAAAAUAAAAAAGAGGGAGGAGAUAAAAACAGACACAACAGCGACAGGGGAAGAGCAUUGAGUCAAUUAAAAAACUACAGUGCCACAUCAGGAGAUUAAAGAACUCCAAACACAUUAAAAGCAUACCCACCCAAAAGUCAGAAGAGAAAGGACCAGCCAAACUUCUUUCAGGAGGGAAUUUCGUAAUCUGCUGCAGCUGCAAAGCCCUACUCUUGUGUCCCCUCCAGCUGCACCUCCAAGGGUGGCAGAAUACAGAACCAGGCAGCCUCAAAAGUUGAUCACCAUUUGCAAGCAGGGCACCAGGCACAUUUGCGAGCACCUCAAAAAGUGGGUGCCAUUUUUUGUGCCUGGCUGACACUCAAGGUUUACUGAAAUGUAUGUGCUUUGAAGCCUCAAAGUAUAUGUUAAGGAUAGACAAAAUGUUAAGGAUUUUAACAAUAAAGAGUAGAGUAUUUUGAAAACUGAAUACCAGUAUCUUUAUUGUAAACACCAAAUUAAACGUGGAUUAACAAUUUCUUCUAAAAAUGUGAUAUUAACAGUGUGUCACUUAUGUGAAUUGUGUAUUACUUCAUGCUUAUCAAAAUAAUAAAUAAAAAGUGUUGCCGACCCCCCCUGCCCCGUGGUGACUAGACAUUCCGUUUUGGCGCCCACAACCCAGGUCCCAGAAGCCAUUUGGCUCCUAGCUUUUCUAUCCCAGUUUCUAACACUGAUUCAUUGUGCUAUCUCAGCUCCCUUUCAAGAGGCUAGAAAAGGCCUUCAGUGUUCCUCUCCCUAUGGGGCUGUAAGGAUUGCAUUUCUCAAUGUUAAAUGGCUAAGAGAGGUUGCUACUAAAAUGCAUAAAAUAAUUAUGCAAGAUUGACACUGGAAUUCUAAAAUUGACGAGGGACUGAACUACAUGUGGACACAAUUUAUAGAACAACCCAUUUAUAAAUUGCUCUGAGAGGAGAUUCUUAACUUCCCCUUCCACAGGCUAAACCACUCACCAUGACAUGUUUUUUUCUACCUGUAGAGUUGCAAAUAUAUGUGUGUCUCAAAGCAUCCACCAGACUUCUGUUACAAGUAAAUAGAAAUAAUAUGUUGUUCUGCCCUAAAACCUGCAACCCUCCUCAAUCUGUUAGCACAGCUGUUGUGAUGUAGUAGAACAUUCUAACAGCUCUGGGAAAGAGCUCAACAAUAGCUUUUUAAUAAUUACUAAAGCUUAUAUGGACAAAGUGAAAAGUCACUCUGGGAGGCAAAGCUUUCAUGGGAACUGCUGUAUGCUCUUAGCAGGAAGGGAUUUUGCAGCCAACGUUGCUUUGGAGACUGAGAGAAUAUUGGGCAGAGAAGCCAGAGUGUUUGCUUGUGUAUGUGUUUCAAACAGGUAUGUGAGAUUUGACAAAUCAUUUGGCUGCAAGUCUCUGGCAUAAUUAUACAAAAGCAGAAAUAAAUAUUUUGCAUAUGGAAGUACAUUUUGCUAUGAAAUGUAAUGCAUCGCAUAUUACAUUAACUAGCUAAAAGGAGUGAUCAGGAGCUGAAGGAUGAAGAGAUGGAGCUGUUUACAAAAUACUACCUGGAAUGGAAAGGAGGGAGGAAAAAUGCCAGUACAUCCUAUAUGAGCAUACCACGAUUUUAUUAUAGGGUAAGUAUGGUUUUCAGUGCUCAUUUGCUCUCCAGUUUAAAAGAGGGAAAGUGUUCUGUGGAAUCAAUUUGCUAGUUUCAUAUUACCAAAGGGAAUUAAGCACACACAUUAAUUGGUUUCUUUCACUACAAAGUCCAUUGACAUAAAUAGCCUAGAUAACCAAGGAGAGGAAUCCUACUCUAUUUUGUUUUGCACAAAAGUGUUGUUUAAAACAGAUUUCCAUAACUAAGAUUUUCUGUGGUUGACUCAUAGAUUCUACUCCAAAUAAUUAAUUCUUACACACACACACACACACACACUUCUUCCAUCUGAGUAAUCUCAGAGCAGUUUGCAAAAAAAUAAAAAACCAGUAAGGUAGAAUAAUAUUAAAAAAUGAAACCACUGUAAAAUUCUAUCUGCUGUAGCCAGCAAUGUGUCCUAUUCAAAGGUGGAAAUUAGUAACCAUCAAAUGCCUAGGUAAGCUUAUAGGUCUCAAGCAGGUUUCAAAAGCUCAUCAGAGUCAGUGGCUGCCUUAUUUCAAAGGGGAUCAAGUUCCAUAGAGCGGGCACCAUUACAGAAACGGAACCCCCUCUGUUUGCUGCAUAUCAUGGCUUAACUAACAGCAGUACCACCAGUAGAGCUCCCACCCCACCCCCAGUGGUAUUGGCAAACAAGCAGGUAUACAUGGCAGCCAAUGUUCUUUUAGCUAUCCAGACCCAUUCUGAAUAAUACUGCAUUCUUAGUAGACAGAGAUAAUGCAUUACAGUUUUUGUCUAUGUAUACCAUGUCUGGUUGGGGCGUGGGAUGCGAAUCCUCUACUACUUGUCCAAGUGAAUUCGCUGAUGAGUGCAGCUGCUUCUUACAGGUUUGUGGUGUAAAGAGGGCCUGUUAAAAGUUUCACCAGUAAGCUUUAACCAUUUUGCAUUAUGUGUUCAACAGGGUGGAUUGAUUAAAAUACGUGAUUUAAAGUGGCCUUUUAAAUCAGUGUGAUUUAAAUAAGCAAUAAAAGGCCACUUUAAAUCAUUAAUUUAAAUCAAGUUUCCCACCAAUACUACUUCAGAUAUUUCCAGAAUAAAUGUGCAAUUAUGACCACUAAAUCAUGUUAAUGUUCAACCAAAUAGAAUAUUAUUUACACUGCUGUGUCAUUCUUAUAAUCAGACCUUUUGUCACUGUGUAUGUUUUGCAUGCUAUUUUUUUCUUACUGAAAGAGGGAACAUAGAAUCAUAGAAUUGUAGGAAGGGAUCUCAAGGGAUCUAGUCCAACCCCCUGCAGUGCAAGAAUCUCACCCAACGCAUCCAUGACACAUGACCAUCCAACAUCUGCAUAAAAAUGUCCAAUGGUGGUGAGUCCCCCACAGGUUUCCAAUUUUCCCUUAGAAGGUCUUUCUUACAAACAAUACUCAUGAGAGUUUGUGAAGUUAACACUGCAAUUCUAUGCAUAUCUGCUGAGAAGGAAGUCCGAUUGAGUUUCUCUGGUGCUCACUCUCAGGGAAAUACUGUAGGUAUAAGAGAAACUUAGUAUUUACAGUUGUUUAUUAUUAUUAUUAUUAUUAUCAUCAUCAUCAUCAUCAUCAUCAUCAUUAUCUUUAUACCCCAGCUUUUUCCCUGAUGGGACUCAAGGAAGCUUCUAGGUAAAAUUAAGAACUAUUGAAAACGGAAAAAACAAUCAUUAAAAGCAAUUAAACAUUGAUAGAAUUAAAACUAUACACAUAUAUAAAAUGGGAUUCAAGGUGGCUUCCAGGUAAAAUUAAGAACCAUUAAAAACAGAAAAAACAAUCAUUAGAAGCAAUUAAACAUUGAUAUAAUAAACAUUGAUAUAAUUUCAGAUAUAUAAAAUCUGUUAAAACGAUGCCAGUAAUUACAAUAAAAACAGCAUGGCACCAGCCCUUUCAUUAAAAGCAGUCAGUUCCCAAAAGCCUAUUGGAACAAGCAAGUCUUCACCUGUCAGCGGAAGGACAACGGGGAGGGAGCACAAGUGUAUUUCAAAGAUUGCAAUGUUGCUCUGUUGUGCAAAUGUCUGCACCUCUUUUUCUUCAAUUGAAUGCUGUUGAACAUCUAUUCAGACAGAUUGGUACGCUGGAAGCAUCUGUCCUGUGUGGCAGGGACUUGUCUCAUGCUACGUUUUUGGACAGUUUAUCCUGUGGUUUCUUGUCUCAUGCUUCUUGGUACAUCAAGUGUGGGGAAAGAAGCCUACCUUGGUGUAGGGGGAAACCCUGUUCUUGUAUUUGAGGAAGACAGAGAGAUUUGUUACCCCAAAUUCUUGGGUUUUGUAAAACCCUGUCCAAAACAUUCAUGUGCUAACCAUUCUCUUGGGGAUUCUGCCCUCUGUUCAUUGCAUCUAGCAUGGCAAGUACUUGGGAGAUUCCUCUUCUCCUCUGCUGUCCCUUCUUUUGGAAGUGACUUUGCAGCACAGAGCUGUUUGAGACCUGCAGGCACAGACACACAGUGCAGAUCUCUGCCCUGGACUCAGUCUGCAGAGACCACUUUGCCUUUUUUCUCCAGGAACCAUUCCCAACUGUUAUGGAGGGAGAACUGCAAGGCAAAUCCAAAUCAUCUGGUCGGGCCCCUCGUGGCCCCACCUGGACAGAUGAGGAGACCAGAGUCCUAUUGGGUCACUGGAAUACCUUGCUGGUCCAGCGCCGGGUUCAGAACAUGCCCACCAACAGUGAUUUGUAUGCUGUCCUAGCCAAGAAGAUGGCUGAGGAGGGAUUCCUACGCACGCGAAUCCAGUGCAACAACCGGAUCCGAGAUCUUCGCAAAGCAUAUCGCAAGGCAAAGGAUGCUAUGGGCAAGGCAGGGGCCACGCCAGUUCGCUGUCGCUUCUUCAGGGAGCUGGAUGAGAUCUGUGGAGGAGAAACAGAAACUGGCCCCUCUUCAGUGAAUCAGGCUAUGAGACUCCAGCCCUCCACUACCACAGUUCAACCAGGGCCUUCCUGGCAACCUAUACCAGAAACUUCCUGGAAGGUGGAAGAGGACUCUGAGAUGGAAGCAACCUUUGAAGGACUCAGUGAUGCCACACAGCCCCUCCAGGAGGUGCUGAAGAUUAAGGUGGAAUCUGAACUUGAAGAGGUUGCUUCCUUUCAGCUGCCCCUGCAGCCUGUUUCUUCAUCUUCCUCCAGCACAGUGGCAACUGCAUCUGCCUUGGAGGAAGAACUACCAUCCGUUUUCCAAGAACCAGACACCCUAAUGCCUGCCAGGUCAGCUUCUGCUCAGGCUCCACAGCUAUUGCCAACCAGUUGCAAUUCAGAACAGAGGUUAAAAGCAGGAGUCCCGGACAAAGUACUCAUAGGUGAGUCUUUUUAAUCAUUUGUCCACAUUUCUCUCUGAAGGAAUACCCACUGCUGUAAUUAAGCUUCUAUUUCUCUUUGCUUCAGGCUUUUAAUCUAACAAUGUAUGGAAAGAGAGGAGGGUUCAUCAUGUUACUAUAUUUGGUGAUGGCUAGAGUUGUCUUUGAAAUUCCUCCUCAGCUCUUCCAUGUAGUUAAUUUCACUUCCAUAGUAAAGUGUCCUCAAAUUGGUCAUGUCCUUAACCUAAUUUCUGCUGACAGGCCCAAGGUUUUGCUGGAUGAAGCUUCUGCUUCUCUUUCUAAAGGAAUCCUUUAUCAUGGAUUGAAGAAGGCGGUUACAAAAUUCACCUGCAUACUGGACUUUUGUUUCAACUGCCACUGAAACUAUUUUGACUUGCAAACAUGAAAUCAUAGUGGGAUAUUCUGUUGCCAUCAAUCAACCUAUUGUUGUUACCAGAGAAGGGGUCCCAAUUACAAAGACUGGCUAGACAUAUUACCAAUGACAUUACCACUAAAAGCAUUCCUUUUUCUGACCUCUUAUUUGCUAACCAUAAAUAUAAAUUAUCUUGCUAACAUACCCAGUUGGAGGUAGUGACAUGAUUGCAGAAAGUUCCCUCUCCUUGAACUCCUUCCCUCCUAAUUUGUGUUUUGUUUACAGUAACUGUGUUCAUGUACUCUUACUCUUGCUUCUUCAUCAUUUGUGUGUGUUUGUUUGUUUUCUUUCCCCCAAAAAACAGGGAGACCAACAGGUGACCCAGAGGCAGCAGCACCCAGGCAACCAGUGCCAGCCAUGGACAGGGUGGCACAGAUGAGGGCUAGAAGACGCCGGGCCAGGGAGGAAACCAUAGACCGCCUGCUGGAGGAGAUAAGAGCUGGAAGGGAGGCCAUGGACACAACAUUCCGACUGUUCCUUGAACAGCAGCGCUCAUUUCAGAACAGCCUCAUCCGUGAGAUGCGACUGGCAAGGCGAGAACAGCGUCAGGCUGCUGAAGCUGAGCUCCGGGCUCGCCAGGAAGAGUGGCAACAGCAGAGGACUCAACGGAUCCUGGACACAAACAGAACUGAUGCCGAGAUAGUUCGAUUCCGCCAAGAGCUCAAUCUCCUUAGACACAAUUUUAUAGAUUUCUUUUCAGCAGCAAGAUCCUUCCCCACAGAAGCCUCUCCUGUGCCUGCCCAGGGGGAGAGUCCUGGCCCUUCUCAAUCACACCAAGAAGGCUACACGCCCAGAGCAACUGAAGUGCAAGCAUCUCUUCCAGGCCCAUGGGUGCUUGGGGUGCCUUCAAGGGGGAGGAGAGGGAGACCAAGGAGACGUGGUGGUCCUACCAGGAAGCAGGUCCACAGGGAGUAAUCACCAUGUAAUUGAGCUAGUGCUUUGAUGGUCUGCUCAUGGAACUGGUGCUAUUCAACAUUCUGUCUACCUCUUUUAUUUCUGCACUGACUGUCAACCUCUUUGGUUUCUUCAACUUUUUAAAAUGUACUUGAAUACACUCAGUGUUACAGUCUGCAUUGCUUUUUGUCUUUAUGUAGCAAUGGUCAUUUUUAUUGUAUGCUUUCCAGUGAUUCUGUAAUUUUCUUCUUUUCCUUCAGUUUCUGCAAUAAAUUCUUUAUUCACAAAAAAAUUUGUCAUAUACUUUAAUGUCAGGUGACGGUGCACAUAAAUCUGAUAGAUGGGCCUUACAAAUGUGAGUAGAGGUUUGAAUCUGGUUUGCAGUUAGGCUCAGAUUAUUGAUGGGAAGGGGUGAAUGUGCACAUUCAGCUACACACAAGGCAUUCUACAAUUCAUUUAAAUUUGCCCCAUUAUUUGAACUGUGCAAUAGCAAAUAUAUAGUAUUCUUGAUCAAAAAUCUUCAUAAAUAUGAUCAGCUUUUUAUUACUACAUAAAAGCUGGUAAAACUGACUAAAAUCCUAAAUCCAAAGAUUCUUGCAGUUAGAUUACUGCAAUGCAUUAUUCGUGGGGCUCUGAAGACGGUUUGAAAACCUCAGCUAGUACAGAAUUCAAUAGUCAGGUUGCUCACCGGGGCUAGAAGGGCUGAGCAUAUAAAACCAAUUCUGACCUGACUGCACUUACUGCCAAUUAGUUUCCAGGUCCAGUGUAAAAUGCUGCUUUUGACCUAUAAAGCCUUAAAUGGCUCAGGACUGCAAUACUCCCUGUAUGAACCAACCCAGAUGCUGCAAACUUAACCUUAGGCCCCUUUUUGUGGACCCCUGCAUGAGAAGUCUCAAGGAUGACCUCCUGUUUGUGGAAUGCUGUUCCCAGGGAAGCUCAUUUGGUACCAUUUAUAUGUCUUUAGGCACCAGGCAAAAACUCUCCUCUAUAACCAGGCCUUUGGUCUUUAAUUAUCCUUGGCCCCCUCUGCCUCGGUAUGCUGGAGCAACUCAGCCAGAGGGAGGUCCAUCUCCUACUGUAUAAUGGGUACACAAGGUGGGAUAAAAAUUGAGAGUUCUUAACAUAAAGUGACUUCCAUACUGUAUUUUCAAAGGUGCAGGGGCGACAGGCUUCUGAACAGUGGUUGCCCUGCCCUUGUGAAAUCAGAUUGACUAACUGGGGCUCCUUAGAAUAAUCUUCCCUGAUCUGAUGACCUCCCAUUGUAGUUGGACUACAACUUCUAUCAGCCCCAGCCAGCAUGGACCAGUGAUCUGACUCCGAAUAAGGCUGUUUCUUACAAUCUUAUGUGGCAGAACUGUGCCUUCUCUUACUGAGGUUUCUUCAGAGGAUGGUGGAAUGGGAAGGAGAGACACACCUGACCUGGCAAGAGAAGAACCUCUUUUCAUUGUUGCCUCUUAGCCACUGCCUUCUACAAGCUGCAUUGGUUAUGGAGUGGAGAUGGGCUAGUUCAGGAAAUCAGAUUUACCCUGUCCAUUUUGACACAUCUGCUUGUCAAAAGAAGAGAAAACAAACCUACAAAUAAAGUGACUUCAUGCAAUAAUUCCGGUAGCACGGAUGUAAUCAGUUUUGAGCUAUACAUUGUAGUUUUGAGUUUACAAUAGGAUGUGAAAAGGACUGAUUCUAUUUUGCAGGCUUGCUUCAUUUUGUUGUGGUGGGACCUUGCAUAUUGUUGUCAAGCUUUAAUACUCAAAGAUUUUUAACUUGUAGAAUCAUGUGUUUAUAUAAAAGUUAUAUUAGGCACAUAUUAGACUUGGGAGUUUGAAUUCACUAUUGCUAUGCCAGCAUGCAGACAAUUUAAAAAUAGUUGGGACAGCUGACAUACACAUCAAUCUACUGUUUUUCUUUGCCCCCUUUGCAUAUUGAAGAAAAGUCGACCAAUUUCUGUUGUGGUUACAAACCAUGUUUGCAUGCAAUUUUUACUGUAAUUGCCCAGCCUGGGUUCUGGUCAGUAGAGUUGUACCACACUACAAAUAACAUUCAUUUCUUUCUUUCUUUAGUUGCCAGCAGAAGAUGAAAUUUUAUUACAGAAACUAAGAGAAGAAUCCAGAGCAGUCUUUUUGCAGAGAAAAAGCAGAGAACUACUAGAUAAUGAAGAACUGCAAGUAAGGAAAAAAAAAUGUGUUUCUUAAUCUCAGGUAAACAAUUCUUGAUCAUUUUGUCUUGCAAUAAUUCCCUAACUUUUUGCCUCCAUCCCCCUUUUUAAGAAUUUGUGGUUUCUGCUGGACAAACAUCAGACAUCGCCCAUGAUGGGAGAUGAAGCAAUGAUCAACUAUGAAAGCUUCCUGAAAGUUGGUGAGAAAGCUGGAUCCAAGUGCAAGUAAGGCACCUAUAUUUUCAGGACUUACGCUAGUCUGCCCUUAGCUUAAGAGUUCUGGAUUGUCUUGGUCAACAUUUAAAUUGCAGGUUGUUAUGACUUAAUUUUUAUUUCUCCCUAUAUGUGCCUCUUUAAAUUUGUAGGCAGCUCUUUAGAAGAGCUGUUAGAACACGCGGGAACUUAGGAAGCUGCCUUAUACCAAGCUCAUUGGUCCAUCUAGCUAAGUAUUGUCUACACAGACUGGCAGCGGCUCUCCAGGAUUUCAGAGAGGGUUCUCUCCUCAUGGCCUUCCGACCAAUUCAGCUAUGGGGAGCAGUGAUAAGAGCCGGGGGUGGCAGUGGCUGAUGAUUAGUGAGCCUGAUAGUAGAACUCUGUGGACUGGACCAGUGCAACAGUACUGCUGAUAUUGGUGGCAGUGGGCAAAUAGUACCUCAGGAAUGAGUUAAGCCUUUUUACAUCCCUGUUUGCUCAUAUUCUACCUCACGGUAAAAUUCACGUAGUUCUGCAAGGAUAUAUUGUUGGCUGUCAGAAGGAAGUUCUGAUAAAAACAUCAUUUGAGCAGCUGUAAAGUGGUUGGAGGGGAAGUACCAUUAUAGGUAGCAAAAUAAGGGGGUUUUUUUUGCUGUGACUUUGUACGCAGUAGGCAGCAGAGUGCUUUUAUGUGUUUGGCAGAAGCAUCCUGAUAGGGAGUAUAGGACAGCAAUCCUUGGCAUACUCAUGGCUUCUUACCAGAACUGAGGUGAAAGCUCAAGCUGGUCAAAUAGCAAGCAGAUGAUGUGAGAGACGUAUCGAAGAGCAUACAUUUUGCCAAGACUUAAUGCUUGCAGAGCUUAUUAUAAUAUUUCUUCAGGAUAUCACCUUCUGAGGGGUUCUAACAAUGUGGGCGUUCAGUCCACAACCUCAAACCCAAUUUGACGGUGGUUUUCACAAUUUCCCAGUGCAGCAGCGAUAAUUGCAAACCCAGCCACAUGGAAAGCCAUACCUGUGGAAUAGCUUCAUGCUUGGUUCAGUAGAUUUUUCACCACACUGUUGUUGUUGUUUUUACCCAUAGUUGUUUGCUUGGUGAACAUUUCUUGAACUGUGUGGGAAGUUGCUUUCCAUAAGGAUCUGCCUUCUGUUUCUAGGUGUAAAUAAGGCCUAAUCAGGUGUGAAUCAGGCGGGGGGGGGGGUGCUGCUGAGCUUGGUUGCUGCAAGUUCAUGUACUGUAAUUCAUGUACUGGAACUUAUGUCAGAUUAGCAUUCAAACUAGGAUGUGGCUCUGAGACAUUGCUUAGGCUUUUGGUUAAUUAUUACUAUUUGGAUCCGGAAUGAAAAGCAGUAAUGAAUUGCACCAACUAGGUUUUUUCCAGAACUGCUGUUGAAUGUAGAUGGAAUAUGUGAGCUUCUUAUGUGGGUUGGUUUCCUGUUUGUGUCCCAUGCUUCCAUGAUACACCCUUGCUUGCUCAGUCAAGGUACUCUCCCUUCCAAAGACCCACACCCACACAUACAUCAGAGUCCCACAACAUAAUUAUCAGGAAAAUGUGUAAAUUAUGAAACUGACUGAACCUAUGGAAGACUUACAGUGGCUCAGCAGAACUUCAAAAUUGUUGUUUUUUAUAUUUCACAGGCAGUUCUUCACAGCUAAAGUCUUUGCUAAGUUACUUCACAACGAUCCCUAUGGAAGGAUAUCUAUCAUGCAGUUUUUCAAUUAUGUGAUGAGGAAAGGUGGGUCUUUUUCUGUUUUGAACGUAUUGUCAUAUUUUGUUUCACUUUGCCCUUGACUUUCUUUGCCUCAAAACAGAUUCUGUCAUGUAUCUGUAUCUGUUUUACAGUGUGGCUAUACCAAACGAGAAUAGGUCUCAGUUUAUACGACGUGGCUGGACAAGGUUACCUCAGGGAAUCGGUAAGUAAUGCAUGUUCAGCAUGUCGCCUGGCAUAAACUAAAGUGCUUUUUCAUGUCUUGAAUUGCGGGAAUGUAUUUGGUAAUCAGGUGUUUACAUACAAUUAUGUAUGCAAACUAGAAUGUUUCAGGUAAGCAAUAUUCUCCUUUAGUUGUUUCUUGGAGAGAGUGCAGUAGUCUGUUUCUGCUUAACACAGUUGGCAUAUUAAGUACCUGAUGUUCAAUGAGUCUAUCUGAUGUUCAGUUCCAAAGAAUCACAGCUCAAGGGUUAUCUUAACUGCUCUGUACUAGAUUGUUAUUGUUUAGUCUUUUAGUUGUGUCCGACUCUUCGUGACCCCAUGGACCAGAGCACACCAGGCAUUCCUGUCUUCCACUGCCUCCCACAGUUUGGUCAGACUCAUGCUGGUAGCUUCGAGAACACUAUCCAACCAUCUCGUCCUCUGUCGUCCCCUUCUCCUUGUGCCCUCAAUCUUUCCCAACAUCAGGGUCUUUUCCAGGGAGUUUUCUCAUGAGGUGGCCAAAGUAUUGGAGCCUCAGUUCAGGAUCUGUCCUUCCAGUGAGCACUCAGGGCUGAUUUCCUUAAGAAUGAAUAGGUUUGAUCUUCUUGCAGUCCAUGGGACUCUCAAGAGUCUCCUCCAGCACCAUAAUUCAAAAGCAUCAAUUCUUUGGCGAUCAGCCUUCUUUAUGGCCCAGCUCUCACUUCCGUACAUCACUUCUGGAAAAACCAUAGCUUUAACCUGUACUAGAUAGGAGAAUAUUAUUUGACAAAGCUUUGGUAACUAACCUGCAUCUUGUAUUGUGUUAUGUUUGUGGCAGUGAAGCCUCUCAGCAUGCACAAGCAUCAGGAAGGAAGGGUAUGUGGCAUGAAGGGUCGCUAGAGAGUCGGGUUCUUCUGGAGUGUUCACUAGUGUUUGCUUGUUGCAUCCUUACAGCGCCUGUAGGAAGCAGCUGGAGACAAAUGGUCCAUUCCAGACCACUGUAAAGUACAGGAUAAGCGUGAACAGCUGCAGCUCAAGUCAUGGUGACACCUAUACCUAGGGCUGCCAUACGUCCGGAAUUUCCCAGACAUACUGGAUUCGUCAGUCGGAAGUGUUGAUUUUUUGUCAAAUUUCUUGAAAAGGAGCUCAAAAACUUUAUUUAAAAAACCAGAUUUUACAAAAAAAAGCUCUACAACUCUGCGGGGGGGGGGGGACCUUUGUGCCAGAUUUUCACUUUUGAAAUACGGCAAGCCUACUGUGAUGGGAUGAUGAGCUGCUUGUGCGUAAAAUCGUAUCCCCUCAGAGUUUGUUCAAGUCCACAAACCUCUGUCUGUGACGGAGCCCCUCAGACAUGGCUACUCUAGUCACUAGCAGAUUCCGACAGUGGUUGCUUUCGUAAUCGCUUCCAACAUAAAAGCUCCUUAACGGAAACACGUCUUCUGGAAUCUCUGCGUGACAGUUUCCGGCGAGGAGUGGGUGUUCUUACAGGAGGUCCUGAAACCUCUCCACUGUUUUCGCUGGAAGUGUCUCUGAGCCAUCCCUCCAGCUCAGCUCCUCUCCCCUGCUGGUUCCCUCUUCAGCUGCUGCGUCUCUCCCAACCUGUGUGAGCCCUUUCACCUCCCUGUUGGUUCCCUCUUCAGCUGCUGCGUCUCUCCCAACCUGUGUGAGCCCUUUCACCUCCCUUCCGUCCGAUGGCAGUUCCCUGACAUCCACCUCCCCUCCAGGGCCCCCUUCACCCCCUCUCGCCCCCUCCUCUACAGGCGGUGAGGAGGCAAAACCCCGGAAUGAACUUCCUUCAUCUUCCGAUGUCUCGAACACUUCUCUCAACCUGUUGCGGUUCCUGGUCUCAAGUACACCUCCUCCUCAGAGUCCAUCUCCCCUUCCCCUUCCGAGUCCGGGAAUCCUUCCAACUCCUCCCCUUCAUCAGUGGUCCCAAAGUAUUCCCUCCGGAACCUCUCCACAGGCUGAGGUUUCCUUGGGAACCUUUGAUGGAACGUUUCUAUCAAUACCUCGUCAUUGAUAUCUUCAGCCAUUACCCAAGUGUUUUCUGACUCCGGUUCUCCUUCCCACGCUACCAAAUACUCCACCUGAUCCCCCUUCCACCUGGCGUCGAGGAUUUCUGCCACAUGGCUGCUGCAUUCUCUUUCUUCUACGACCGGUCCCGAGUGGCCAGCCCUUCUCGUCCCCCUUCGUACGGUGACAGUAACGACCUGUGAAAUACUGGGUGCAGUUUCAUGUGGUUGGGUAACCGGAGCCUGAAAGCCACUGGGUUGACCUGUUGAAUGACCUCAAAGGGACCCAACCUCCUGGGUCUUAAUUUCUUACAACCUCCUUUGAACGGCAACCCUUGGGUUGACAGCCACACCCUAUCUCCCACCCUUAUGGUUUCACCUUCCCUUCGGUUCUUGUCUGCCUGCCUCUUGUAUUCUUCCUUCGCCCUUUCUAAGUUGAGUUGGAGCUGACGAUGGAUUGCUUCCAUUUCUUCCACAAAAUGCUCGGCUGCCGGGACGCUCCAUCUCUCCCCCUCUCCCCUGGGAAAGCCCUGGGAUGACACCCAUAAUUAGCCAAGAAGGGGCUCAUCCCUGUGGACACAUUCUCGGCAUUGUUGUAGGCAAAUUCCGCCAGCGCCAACUUUUCUACCCAGUCAUUCUCUCUGUCAUUGACAUAACACCUCAGGUAUUGCUGGAGGACACCGUUUGCUCUUUCCGCCUGCCCGUUGGUUUCAGGGUGCCGGGCAGUCGAAAAAUUGACCUCCACCUGCAGUAAGCUCAUGAGCUUCCUCCAGAACCUGGAAGUAAAUUGUUUUCCUCGGUCUGAGACCACCCUCAAUGGCACCCCGUGCAACCUAAAAAUGUUUUCUACAAAUAACUUCGCUGUCUCUUCCGCCGUGACUGCAUGCGAGCAAGCUACAAAGUGGCACAUCUUUGUUAGUAGGUCUACCACCACCAUGAUGGCUGUUUUCCCUUUGGACUUCGGCAGAUCAGUCAUAAAAUCUAUCGACACUGCCUCCCAAGGUCGUUCUGGGGUUGGUAAGGGUUCUAAUAGCCCCGCCGGCGCCCGCCUUUCCCCUUUGGCUCGCUGGCAUUGCUCGCACCCUCUUACAUACUCACGUACAUCUUCCCUCACCUUAGGCCACCAAAAUUCCCUGGUGACCAACCACAUGGUUUUGUGUUGUCCAAAAUGCCCCGCCGUAGGGCUGUCGUGCAACUGCUUGAGUACCCUCCCCUUAACUCUCCUUCAGGGAUAUACAGUGCCCCUUUGUAAUACAAAGCUCCAUUUCUUUCCUCGAAACCCCUGGUUCCUCUCCAUCACCCCUAAGACCUCUGAGCUUAUUCUGGGCGUAUUCAUCAUUCUCUGUUUCCUCUACCAGUUCUCUUUGUCCCACCAAUGCCGCCCCACACACCCAGCGGUCUUCUGGAAUGACAUGUCUCUCUUCGGGUGCCCCCUCCCUCCAAAUAUUCAGGUUUGCGUGAGAGAGCGUCCGCCCUAAUGUUCUCUGGGCCUGGCACGUAACUAAUCUCAAAGUUAAAUUUGGAGAACUCCUGGGCCCAUCUCACUUGCCGUUGGUUGAGCACUCGUGCCGUCCUCCAAUACUCUAGGUUCUUGUGGUCAGUGCACACUUGCACCUUAUGUUGUGCGCCAAUUAGCAGGUGCCUCCAUCUCCGGAACGCCUCAUGAAUGGCUAGUAGUUCUCGGUCAUACACCGUGUAGUUCCUCUCGGAUUUGUUCAGCUUUCGCGAAAAAAGGCACACGGUCUCCACUCUGACCCCUUCUUGCCUGGCUGCAGAAGCACCGCCCCAAUCGCUCUGUCUGAUGCGUCAGUUUCCACUCUCAUCGGUUUUGUAAAUCCACAUGCAGGAGUUGUUGUUCCGAGGCGAAGGCCCUUUUUAGUUCCUCAAAUGCUCGCUCCGCCUCCUCAGUCCACACGAACUUCUUCUUACUGCUGAGACAGUCCGUAAUGGGCGCCGUCAGGUGGGCAAAGUUUCGGAUGAACUUACGAUAGAAGUUCCCAAAUCCUAGGAACCUCUGCACAUCCUUCUUUGUUUUGGGUGUUUUCCAUUCCAGCACCGCCUGGACCUUGCCGGGAUCCAUGGCCAAUCCCUUGUCUGACAGGCGAUACCCCAGGAAUUCCACCUCCUUGGUAUGAAACUGACACUUCUCCAGUUUCACCCACAGCUGGUUGGCUUGCAGCCUGCUCAACACUUCUCUGACGUCUCUCACAUGCUGCUCCUCAUUCUCAGAAUACACCAACACGUCGUCUAAAAGGCCACACAAUUCUUGUAAAGCAAAGGCCCCAGGACGUGGUUCAUAAACGAUUGAAAUGUUGCGGAGCCUGCUUGUAGGCCGAAGGGCAUAACCAAAUAUUCAAAUGCCCCUAAAGGGGUGAACAUAGUGGUUUUCCAUUCAUCCCCCUUCCUUAUUCGUACCAGGUUGUACGCCCCCCUUAGGUCCAGCUUUGUGAAAAUCUUUCCCUUCCGCACCCUUGUCAAAAUGUCGUCAAUCCUGGGCAUAGGGAAGGCUACUGGUUCUGACACUGCAUUUAAGGCCCUGAAGUCACACACCAGCCUCGGCUUGUUCGUGUUUUUCUUAUCCACAAAAACACUGGGCUGCCCCCACCGCCCUGGACUCUCUGAUGAACCCUCUCUUCAGGUUCUUGUCAAUGAACUCUCUUAACUCCUGCAUCUCUCUGUCUGACAUGGCGUACAGCUUGCCUACAGGGAGCUGUGCUCCAGGGAGUAAGUUGAUUUGACAGUCAAAGGGUCUAUGCGGGGGUAGUUGGUCAGCUUCCCUUUCGCUGAAGACGUCACGGAGAUCUGCAUAUUGUCGUGGUACCUUCACGUUCUCUGUUACUUCAGUCCCUGCUAGGGUGGCUUGGACCCCUGCCAAACCCUUUCCCUCUUUGCAGUGUUCUAAGCAAUGUGCUGAACCAAAAGAAACCACUCUCUGAUGCCAGCCCACCAGCGGAUCAUGUAACGCUAGCCAGCUCAUCCCCAAUAUAAUGGGCGCUCCUCCCAAGGUGGCCACAUUAAAAGCUAUCAGUUCGGUGUGCCUUGCUACCUUCAUUAUCAUUGGGACGGUCUGCAAGCUGACUUCUCCACCCAACAGCUCCCUGCCAUCGAUCGUGGUCACCUGCAGGGGGCUGCUUAAAGGAUUGUCUGUAUCUGGUGUUCAGCUGCAAACUCUUUGCUCAUGAAAUUGCAGGAGCUGCCUGAGUCCAACAGCGCCUUUAUCUUUAGAGGGUGUCCGUUUGGCAGCUCUAGCGUCACUUCUAUCACUAGGGCGGGUUUAGGAGGUUCUGGCGUGGGCACUCUCACUGCUCUUUGGCCUGGCUGCUGUGCCCUGACAGUGGCAGCCAGGCGUUGGCUUUUACUUGCUCCGGUAUAUUUUCCUCUCUUCCAUCCACAGCUCCUACCAUCCCUUGCCAUUCUUUCCUCUGGGGGCAGACUCUGGCAAAGUGACCUGGCUGUUGGCAGAGAUAGCAUUUCCGGGCGCCUUUUCCCUCCUUCUUUGCCCCCUCACUGGGCUUUGAAACUGCGCGCGCGCGCUGUUCCGAUUUCCAUCGGCUCUGCCGGUGGGAAAGUUGGCUCUGGAAUGUCUGGAAUGCGGAACUCCUUCCAACGUUCCCCUUUCCCUUCCCGCCUCUCCAAUGCUCUCGCCUCCUGGCGCGCUCCUAUGGCCAGCGCUGAUUUGGUCAGCUGGUCCAUAGACUCCGCCCUGGGCGCCCGGGAAAGUUCGUCUUUCACAGCCGAAGAAAGCCCUUCUUCAAAGAGCAUUUGAAUGGGUUCCGCCGAUAAGUCCCACCCCAAUCUGUGAACAAGCAUGGUGAACUCAGUCCAGUACUCACGGACAGAUCGGCUCCCCUGUUUGCAACCCAUUAACUGUCUGCGCACCACUCCCUUUUCAAUAUCGCUGGAAAACAUCAGAUCCAUGGCGCGAAAGAACUUCAUCGUGUCCUUUAAGACGUCACUAUUUGCUGCCAUCAGGGGUCUAACCCAGUCUCUCGCCCCCUUUUCAAGGUGCUCAAUCACGAAAGCCACUCGUGAUUCCUCGUCAGGGAUUUCUUCAAACUGCAGAUUGAGGGCAUAUUGCAUUUCUGUCCGAAAACCAUGAUAGUUUUGGGCUCCCCCAAACUUCUGCACCAAUCCUGGUACCUUUCUGGCGAACUGGGUGGCUUUCCCCUUUUGUCUGCAUCCUGAGCCCUCCUCUCCUCAAGCCUCGCCGUCUGCAUCGCUAGCUGGACCUCCAACAUCUGGUACCUUUCUUCCAGGCUUGGACCCGCUCCAGCUCCUGCUUCUCCGGUUCCGGCUGGGUUGCUCAUGAUGCCUUCUCCUGCACAAGCUGCUUUCAAAGACUGUCGGAAUGCUGUGAUGGGAUGAUGAGCUGCUUGUGCGUAAAAUCGUAUCCCCUCAGAGUUUGUUCAAGUCCACAAACCUCUGUCUGUGACGGAGCCCCUCAGACAUGGCUACUCUAGUCACUAGCAGAUUCCGACAGUGGUUGCUUUCGUAAUCGCUUCCAACAUAAAAGCUCCUUAACGGAAACACGUCUUCUGGAAUCUCUGCGUGACAGUUUCCGGCGAGGAGUGGGUGUUCUUACAGGAGGUCCUGAAACCUCUCCACUGUUUUCGCUGGAAGUGUCUCUGAGCCAUCCCUCCAGCUCAGCUCCUCUCCCCUGCUGGUUCCCUCUUCAGCUGCUGCGUCUCUCCCAACCUGUGUGAGCCCUUUCACCUCCCUGUUGGUUCCCUCUUCAGCUGCUGCGUCUCUCCCAACCUGUGUGAGCCCUUUCACCUCCCUUCCGUCCGAUGGCAGUUCCCUGACACCUACCUAUACCAUAAUCAUAUAUGUUCUUGUUUCAUUUCCCAGGAUUUAGAAAAUUAUAUUCUGGAACUCAUCCCCACAUUACCACAGUUGGAUGGUUUAGAGAAAUCCUUUUACUCAUUCUAUGUCUGCACCGCAGUCAGGAAAUUCUUCUUCUUUUUAGAUCCUCUCCGAACAGGUAAGUUCAAUUUACUUUGCCUUUUUUUUUUUUUUUUUUUUUUUUUGGUCUUGAGCAGGGACCAGGACCCUAGGCAGGUGGGCACGCAACACCUGCUGACCAGCAAGGUGUGCUGGGGCAGCUCUAUAAAGCCUGCCUGCCCUGGGGGCAAGACCAGACUCUGCUUGUAGCUGCAGUUGCUUGUAGCUGCAUCCAUCUCCCCCCACCUGCUGGACUUACUGAAGUUAGGUAGACAUUCAGUAUUUUUCACUAUGUACAUCCAGAGGGAAGCAGACUGAUUCCCCCUCCCCUAUAUUGCAGUAAAACUGGGGCAAGUCUUGACCUAAAAGGCAGCAUAUGGAUGUUUUAGCAAGGCAAAGGGAAAUUCACAAAAAAUACAAGAGAAUACAAUACAUGAACAGAGUACUUUUUCUUUCUUAUUAAAAUUAUAUAUUCAUCUGAAAUAAUACUUACUUGGUCAAUUAGUAAAAUUAUUAAAUGUAAUUCUCUCCGUGUUGGCUCUUCUAGACUAUAUGAAGUGCUAAUGACGAAUGGUUUAUUUAAAAUUGUUUAAAAAUAACAUUUGUUUUUCUCUUAUAAUUUUGAUUGACUUGAAGGUUUCCAAAUACUAAAACCGUUUCCUCUCAUUCAGUCGCCUUUGUCAUGCUAAGUGGAAACUUUCUUGAUGAAGCCCCUGAAUAUUCCAGUCAUUAAGUAAUAAGUAAUUUUGUGGGGGUUAAUUUGUUUUUGUUUUUUCUUCCAGGAAAGAUAAAAAUACAGGAUAUUUUAGCCUGCAGUUUCCUUGAUGACCUAUUAGAGGUAGAGAUUUACAUUUAUAUUGACAUUUCCUGUUGUGUUUCCUCAUUAUACUUGCUGAAUGCUUACUCAGUAUUUUCAUAUUCAUUCAGUUACGGGAUGAAGAACUUUCUAAAGAAAGUCAAGAAACCAAUUGGUUUUCUGCUCCAUCUGCAUUGAGGGUUUAUGGUAUGUACAAGAAUUUGCAUCAUAUUGUCGCAUCCUCACAAAGCAGCAUUUCCCACAAGCAUUUUUUAUAUUCCUUUCUUUCUUUUCUUUUGUUCUGGCUAUGAUUUUAUACGGUACAAAUAAAAGCCCUUUUGCCAUACCAGUUUGGAAUUGCAGCUUGGUGUCAUGACACUGUAGUUUGUAUAUGCACUUCUUCCAUGAGAGCAUGUCAUAAGGGCAGGGAUCGAGGAGGCAAGAUGGCGAUCGCCAUGGCCGUGCGGAGCGCCUGAAGACUGCCAGCACCAACUGCGCUGCCUGGCUAGUCCCUGUGCUGCCAACACCACCAUGAUCAGGGAGGGGAGACUAGGGGUGCCCAAUGCGACAACCAGGGAGGCUGCACGGAGCACCCCCCAAUGGCCUCAACCCUGCCAGGACCGGGAGCACCCCUUUGGUGGCCCAGUGGAACCUCCAAAGCCGAACACAAAACACAAAGCGAAAAGGAGCCCCCCGCUAGCCGGACACCAGCUUGCUGCCACCACACCAAGAGAAAGAAGUAGGAGGGUACCAGGAAGGCCAGGGAGGGCUCAAGGAAUCAUGCAGUCUAGGCCAGGCCUGACCCCGAGCCUAGCACGAAAACAGCAGGCUGGGGCCAGGGGGGAACUGUGUGCCGGAGACCACCCAGGAAAAAACAAACUCAUCACAGGCCCGCCGAAGAAGGAGGAGGAGGAGAUUUCUAUUAAUUUAUAUAUAUUUUUAAUUUUUUAAAAAAUAAUUUAUUUGAAGAACUGUAUUGGCGUCCAUGCAGGAGGCCUGAACCACUGAAGGCCACUCCCUGGGAACCCCAAGGAGUCCCUAGUGCAGGAUGACAGCGCUUUUAUUGAUUAUUGGAUUGCCUGCAGUGAUCUUAGUAGUUUUUAUUAGCUAUUUAGUAUGAUUAAGUAUUUAGCAUAUAUUUAUUCCUGUCUCGUGUAAACCAGGGGUGGGAAACAUAAAGGCUGUGGACCAUAACUAGUCCUUCAUGGAUGUACUGUUCUAUGCUGCCACCGUGUGGUAAGUUGCUCAUAGGUGGACCCUUUUGAGAUUCUAGAAAAAAGCAAGAUUGACUCAUGGGCCUUACAUAUACAGUGGUACCUCGGGUUACGUACGCUUUAGGUUACAGACUCUGCUAACCCAGAAAUAGUGCUUCAGGUUAAGAACUUCGCUUCAGGAUGAGAACAGAAAUUGUGCAGUGGUGUUGCGGCGGCAGUGGGAAGCCCCAUUAGCUAAAGUGGUGCUUCAGGUUAAGAACAGUUUCAGGUUAAGUACAGACCUCCGGAAGGAAUUAAGUACUUAACCCGAGGUACCACUGUAUAUUGUUCUAUAUGUAAAUGCAAGCUACUUAAAAUCUUGUUCGAAUGCAUCAUUACAACUUUUUCAUUCAGCCCUUACUUAUACAUCUCUCAAUCCACAGUGUUUGCUCUUAGCACACCUCAGAUUUCAAAAUAGGAAUUCCUCUAGUUUCUAAAGACAUCAUUUCUCUAGUUGUGUCAUGGUGGGUUAUGCUGCCUUCUUGUGCUCCUAGGCAGGAGAUGCAGGUUUUUGUCCAUUAACUGGCACUCCGCAUCUCUAGUCAUUUGACUACACAACAACAGAUUGACACAACUACAGCUGCCACAUAAUACACCCGUUCUGCAUUUGUAAGAACUUGAUCGUUUAGUGUGGCAGUGCCUACACUGUGGAACUCCUUGCCUGUUGAGAUCAAGCAGGCACCUUCACAGUACUCAUACAAGAGGGCGGCGCCAGCAGGCUUAGGGGAAACCAAAGGUUUGUAGAAGUACAGAAAACCUAAAAGAGGGUCUUAAAACAGCCUAUUCAGAACGACACAUGUUUAGUGGCCAUAUAAUGUUCAGUGUUGAGGAGACAGGGGAAUGGCGUGUCCUGGAAAAGGGCAUGGCUGCCUGCCCGAAAUCCUGAAUAGAAGCACUCCAUUUUGCAACAUUUUGUUGAGAUCCCACUUGUAAAUAUUAAGUACUGUCACUACAAGACGACAUGGUUUUAUACAACCCCACUACCAACCAUCUUCAUUAAGACAAAAAUCCUGCCAAUUUGUGCAGUAGAAAUCAAGAGGUUCUCUUACUACAAAUCUAAAAAGUUGUAGCAUGUUUGUUCACUAAUCCUUUGUUAUGAAGUGGCACAAGAAAUUGUUACUGCAUUUCCCCCACCCCCCUUCUUUUUCUCCCUCCCUGCAGGACAGUACUUAAAUCUUGACAAAGAUCACAAUGGGAUGCUUAGCAAGGAGGAGCUAUCUCGAUAUGGAACAGGGACUCUGACCAACGUAUUUUUGGACCGUGUCUUCCAAGAGUGCCUGACCUAUGAUGGAGAAAUGGUACUUUUCUCAUAGAUGUAUGAUAGAAGAAAUAUCUUGCAUUUCUUGUAAAGGCAAUGUUGUGGUGUUUGGGUUUUGUUUUUGGUUUUUUUAAAAAAAGUUGGAACUCCUUCACUUUUUAUAUGCAUGCUAACAAAAUAGAAUGAAGUCAAAAUUCUCAUGUGAAUGGCAGCUAAAAACCCACACACUGCAAAUUCAUAACUUAGCAGCUAGCUGAAUAAGAAAUCUCAUUGUGAUAGGGAGGACAGUGGGCUCUUAUUUACCUCCUAAUGCCAAAAGCAAGAACAGCAAGUAACUUAUAAAUUGAAACUAACAAACAGCCUUGGAAGCACAAACAUACAGCCACUAAUAUAGAAUUCACAUUUAUAAGACCUUGCCCUCCUUGUCAAUCAGCAAAGUGGCCAUUGUCUACCUCCCUAAGUUAAAAAUACAAUUAGGUUAUUGUUUAGAAAACUGCUGCUGAGUUUUGAAUAAAAUGGCUCAUUUUGGGGGGAGAUAAUUCUUACAAGUACAUGCAGAACUGGAAUCGGGUAACUGAAUUGGUGGUAAAAAUAGAACGGGAAAACAUAGCUUUUGUUUCCGUACCCAAUUUACAACAGAAGACCUGUGUUGUCAAUAAGAUAUGCUGCAGCAUGUUACUUCUAGUAAAAUGUAUAGAAUUUAGGACACUAGACCGUAUGAUACAUUUCAACCAAUGAUUGACCAGCAAAUUAUUAACUGGCUAAAUAUUAUUUAAUUGCCUAACACAUGAAUUCAGCUUUAGUUGAACUAGAACAAUGGUUGGCCAUUAGAAGACUGUGAUAGGCUGUUGUUCAAAUGUUCAUGGUUCAUUUAGUUCAGACUAAGGGACAACCUCACGAGUAGUUCUGAUAGAAAUCUAUGGGUAUGUUGCCUAUCCAAUAAAAAAGCAUGUAUUUUCUGCACACCCUUUUUUUCUCAGCAGCCAUUUUCUGAGUCAUGCUGUCUUUCAAUGAAAACUAACUGCUCCCCUACAAGGAAAUAGCCACCAAUUAUGUUCUGCUUGCAAAAUCAAUUUAGAAAGUGGACUAUAAUAAACAUGAUUGCAUCUGCUUUUAGGACUAUAAGACGUACCUGGACUUUGUACUUGCAUUAGAAAACAGAAAGGAACCUGCAGCUCUGCAGUAUAUUUUCAAGCUGCUUGAUAUAGAGAACAAAGGAUACCUGAAUGUCUUUUCCCUUAAUUAUUUCUUUAGGGUAAGUCCCUUUUUGUAGAGGUAGGUCAUUUUUUUGUACAUGUGUUGUUACAGCCUUUGUGCCUCUACCUAGAGAUCAGCAGGCAAUUGCUUUAAACUACCAGUGUUUGAGGUGAGGUUUUUGUCAACUUUAAAGAAAUAUAUAAAUGUUUAAAACUUCACAUUAAGAAAGGGAAAUAAUUCAGAAUGGCUUUUCAGAGCACAUCUUACAUAAAGAAAAUACACCACUGUGAUUUUAAUUAAAUACCAGGUUUUGCCUUUUCCGUACAACUCUUCUUUUUAAGGUAAUAGUCUUUGAUGACCUCUAAUGGCUAACUUCUAUGGGAUGUUAAUAUAUUCUGUCUACCAGUAAUAAUGGAUAAGCUGUGGUUCCUAUAUAAUCAGAGGGCAGCUUUCAUACAAUAGCCUGCAUGUUUUAGCAGGCUCUUUCUAAACUUACAUUUUCUCAUUGACUGGAACUCACUCAGAUGAUCCUGUUAUAAAAACACACCUUUAUGAACUAACCGUGACUAUACUAUUUCCAGCAAAUAAGUACUUCUUAGAGGAUCACUGAAUCAGCAGUCUCACAGAUCUGCAGAUGCUAAUAUUAAGUCUUAGGAUGUUACACCACUAGAGAUACAAUUUUACCUUCCACAUAAUCUUGUAGAAAUGUUUGUUAAAUUUAAAUCACCUUUUUACGGGCGCUAAAAUGGCUUUCAGGUUUAAUCCUUUUUUUGUAGGGCAUGUCCUUUUGUGAAUUUUGAAGAUAAAAUAGUGACUCCACUGUCAUCCCACACAAGUAUAUAUUUCAUUCAGAUUAAAGCAAUCAGAGCAAUUCAGUCUUGUUUGUAAAAGCUAACCCCCUUAAUAUUGAUCACCUCCAAUUCUGUGCCUACUCAACCGAAGUAUUUUGCUGCUAAUGACUCAGGAGUAGGAUAAUUCAACUAAAGGUUUAGAGAAAGAAAAUCUGGAACACUUUCAAAGCUUUUACAAUAAAUGCUCUGCAGGUUUAAAAUACAUUCAGAGCUGUGUUCUUUUAGCAGCGUGAAACAGAUUAAUUCUUCUAUAACAAACAUCAAUUGGCCCUUCAUCUUUCAAUUAUUUCUUCUUCCAGUAUACACUUUAUAGUUAGUCUCAAAGUUUGAGGCUAAAAGCCUAUUUUAACAAUAGGCCUGCUGCUUGCUUCAGUUCUAAUACUUUUCUUCAAAGUGGGCUAGAAGUUGGGAAUUGUUGCACAUAGAUUGAACAGAUGGUGAGCGCUUUCUGCUUUGAUAGAUCUGCAGAGAAAAUGACAGAUUUCAGUCCCUGCCUACGCUUCACACAAGGGGAAUGAACACAGGCAGCAUACCUCUCCGAACAGAUGAUAAAGGACAAGAUUCUUAGCUCAGUGGAAGCAUAUACUUUGAAUGUUUAAGAUCUCUGGUUCAAUCCCAGCACCUGCCAUCAAAGGAUAUUUGGUAGCAGGAACUGAACAAGACCUCUACCUGAGACCCUGGAAUACUUCUACUAUUCUGAGGAGACAGGGCUAAAUUAGAUGUAUGAAUUAGCACAUAGUAGAGUUAUUUAUCCAUGUUACACAGCUUAUUCACUGUCUUGGAUUUGAAAACAUGCUGUCUUGUUUUCUGAACAUAUGUUACACCUCUUUGUGCUGUUGCCAUAGGCUAUUCAAGAACAGAUGAAAAUUCAUGGGCAAGAACCAGUUUCUUUUCAAGAUGUCAAGGUUAGAUUUCUAUCAAAAUUUAUUUGUAUGCAGUAGUAUGAGAAAGACCUGACUUUCUGAAAUGAGAGAGAGUAUAUGUUUAUAUGUACUAGGGGCAGUAUUGUGGUAGAAUGUUGAUUCCAUAGUUAAUGUCUUAAUAGUAUUGAAUUUGGUCCAAUAUAUUUUUGAAUGUUUUUGGAAAAAACAGUAAUAUUCUAUAUAUCUAGCCUAUAGACAAAUAGAACCUUCAGGGAGAUCAUUCUGCGGUAUAAAGUAACAGGCCUAGAAGGCCUCUUGCCUAAAAAAUGUUAACAGGCAAAUAUUUCACUUAUUAUAAUUAUCCAUGUAAUGUUAAUUGGGGUUUUUUAGAGGAUACUUUCAUUUUGCUACUUUGAUUUCUGAAUCCAUCUUGAAAGUUGAAUGGGAGAACUGAUAGAAGCUUGGACACAUGCCUCAUUCUCAUCAAAGCAGCACAAGUGGGGGAAACGAUAGCUGGUGCCCCCAAAACUCGUAGCAGUCACUAAGGGGUAAAACCUCUACAUGUAGCCGCUUAACCAGAACUCUUUUGUCAUGCCACCAUAGAUCCUUUUGCUAUUUGCAGGCAAAUGGCUUGCCACCUUGGACAGUUUAAAGCAGCAUGCACUUGGUGGCUGUAUUGUGUGUGUGUUAUGUUGUGUCAAUUGGAAAACAUGAAUUGAUUUGUGAGGCAAGCUUUUUACUGCAAGUAGGUAAGGAAGUGUUAUCAUGGCGUCAAGAAAAAUUACCUGUCCUAUGCGAGACCCACUGCUGAAAAAGAUCAGCACUUGGGAGACAGCUGUCACAUGGAGCAAUUAAAUGUAGCUGUACAUCUGCCCUUAGGUUAGUGCAGGGGUCGGCAAACUAAGGUCCGUGGGCCGAAUGCGGCCCACCAGGCUUGUUAAUCUGGCCUGUGAACCUUGCGGGCCCUGCUACCCACUCGGUCAAUCCCUGCGCUAAACCAGCACAGCGUGGAGGCCUCGCCGCGUGGGGACUGACUUCCACAACGCUGGCGCAGCCGCCAAUCCAAUGCUGGAAGCUCCUGCCACCAAUCUGAAGCCGCGGACGCCUCUGGGUGGGCGGCAAUGCUGGCGCAGCUUUGGGUUGGCCACAAAGAAGCUCCUGCAGCCAAUCCGAAGCUCCGGACACCUCUGGGCAAUGCCCCUUCCAUCCCGCUUAGGCGGCCGUGUAUGGUCAAAAGCUGAGUGGGAUGAAGCAGUGGUGGCGCGGAGGCUGCCUCCGCUGCCCAGCAUGGGCUCUGCGCCCCAUGGACCCCUGGCCAAGGCAGAGGAUGAUGACGCUGCCAAAGACAAGGUGGUGUGAGUGGCAGCGGGGGUCCUUUUGGGAGAGGGUGGGUCCUACCUCUCACAAGGUCUGAGGGACAGUGGUUUCGGCCCCCUCCUGAAAAAGUUUGCUGACCCCUGGGUUAGUGUAUACAGAUUCCAAAUUUAAUCUAGGUCACUACCAUCCCCUCCAAAAUGCAUUUACAGGAGCUGAUGACCACUGCUCCUUAUGCUGGCUGCUAAGACAAAACAGGUCUCAUUCUUAUCCGCUCAGUAAUUUACUCAAACACUGUGGGAGCAGCACUGCAAUAAAGAACUUUACUAAACUGUGACUGUAUUUUGAAAGCAAGUAUAAACACAUCCUUCGUAUAUUGUUCAGUUUACACUCCUUUUCAGCAAGGAUGUGCUUUACUACUAGAAUUGAACACCAAAGCAUGAGGGGAAAGUGAAAUUAAGUGUUACUUAAUUAUUUUGAUUAAAAAAAAAAGUCCUGGUACUGGUCCACAAAACAUUUUUAUCCUAUUCGACUUCCAUUAAAGAAACUGUUAAUUUUUGGUUGCUUUUUCUAGGAUGAAAUAUUUGACAUGGUGAAGCCCAAGGAUCCUUACAAAAUCUCUCUUCAGGACUUAAUCAACAGUAGUCAAGGCGACACUGUCACUAGCAUUUUAAUUGAUCUUAAUGGCUUCUGGACCUAUGAGAACAGAGAGGUUCUUGUAGCAAGUGACAAUGACAACACAACAGAUCUUGAUGAUACAUGAUUUAACAGGAAUAGACUGUAUCCAUGGAGAUCUGCCCAACUGAUACAGUGACCAUUUAAAGCUGAAUAAUGUAUUCAUUACCCAAAUAAAUGAAGCUUCCAUGUAGCUCCAGAUGGACAAGUUUUGUAUAAGGCUUGUGAGAUGGAUCUUCUCUGAAGCAAAAAAGGAAAAGAGUACUGCUGUUUGUUGAAAAUGUAAUUAAACGUUUACAGACUUUUCUGGUAAAUUAAGUUUAUUGAAAUUAUUCCUAAACCUACAAGCCACCUUCCAGUUUAGACAAAUUAUACCUGUUGGUAUAAUUUGGUCUUGAAUACUCUUUUUGGUUUUGUACUGGGUGCAUUGGCAUUGCAAAAACAAAUCAUGUGCAAGAAAGAAACAAAUCUCUGGAUCAUUUAUAUCUGAAAUAUCAGAUAUGUAGAACUGUAGUUACAAAUGUGCAGCUCAAUUUUUUUUAAAACUACUAUGGAAGUAAAUACCUGUCAAAUGGAUAAUAGUGAAACCUCCUACUAAACAGCAUCACAAACCUUCAUCUACUAUAACAAGCAGUUAGUGUAAAUGCUCAUGAUGGUGUUAAUUGUUCUAAGUGUUGCAAGUGCACAAAUACUGGGCUUCAAAAGUCAUGGGUGUUUCUCAAAACAUAUGACUAUCCUGUCAAAAUAUACCUCUGAUGUCUUAAUUGCAUGCAGCCCUCCAAGGCCUUAUCCAGGAGUAACUUCUGUGGAACUUACUUCUAAGUAGACACAGGAUUAUAGGCUUAGUAGGGUAAAUGUAUAGGCUUACUAGAAUCCCAGGACCUACUACUGGGUAUUUUAAUGGCACCUGUGCCUGCUGCAUUCAUAGCAAAGGUUUGCUAGUCCUAUAAUAACAACUCUGAACCCAACUGAUUUAAAAUUAUAUUAAAUAUAAAAU